GGGAGCGGGGCGCGCAUGCGCGCUGUGGCGACACCUCAGGGCGGGCCGGAGGCGGCGGGGUGGGCAGGGCUCUUAAAGGGGCAGCGCACCUUGCGCCGGGCUCUUAAAGGGGCAGCGCACGGGCCGAGGCGCCAUGGCUCGCAGCCGGAAGCGGUCCCGGAGCAGGAGCCGAAGCAGCUCCCGGAGCCGGCGGGAGAGGAAGGAGAAGAGGAGGAGGAGAAGCAGCAGGGACUCGCCGCGGGGCAGCCGCUCUCCCGCGAGGACACGGAGCUCCGGGUCCCGCCGGCGCGGGUCGAGCUCGGCGUCGGCUCGGCGAGAAAGGAAGAAAGAAGGAAAGGCCAAGAAGAAGAGGAAGGUGAGCACGUCGUCUUCUGGGACAUCCUCCUCCUCCUCCAGCUCCUCCUCAUCGUCGACGUCCUCCAGCUCCUCUUCCGACGACUCCAGCGACAGUGACGCCAAACCAAAGAAGAGGCGGCACAGCAAAAAGAAACAGGUGAAACAGAAAGACAAAAAGAGGAAGAAGAAAAGGAUAAAAAAGAAACUGAAAAAGAAGUCGAAGGAGAGGGCCAAGGAGGAGCGAGCCAAGGGGGAAGCGGUGCCUGGCCCCUCGCUGGAGCAGUGGCAGAAGGAGGCACUGGCGGACUCCGGGCCAGUUUUGACAGACGAGCAAAAAUCCCGAAUCCAGGCGAUGAAGCCGAUGACGAAGGAAGAAUGGGACGCGAGGCAGAGCGUCAUAAGGAGAGUUGUGGAUCCCGAAACGGGCAGAACCAGGCUCAUUAAGGGAGACGGAGAAGUGUUGGAAGAAAUCGUCAGCAAAGAGCGACACAAGGAGAUCAACAAGCAGGCCACCCGAGGGGACGGGCUGGCCUUCCAGGUGCGCACGGGCAUGCUGCAGUGACGGCGCCGGCCCCGGCCAGGCCCAUCCCGCCCGCCGGACUGGACACCGCUGGGCUCCUCCACGCUGAUGAGCUGGACCCAGGCGGGCAGCGGCACGCUGGGACGCCAUCCUGCAGGCAGCCUCCCUCUGCUCUGUAAGUUAUCGACGGGGAGGAGAGACUUUAACAGCUCCCCUCCCUCUGCGCUGCGCCUCAGGAUCCCGCCCCGCGGGCAGGAUGCGUGCCGGAGAGGGGCCGAAACACGGAGCUGGCUGCCACACCUGCCCUCCAGGGCCUGCUGGUGGCCGCGGCCCGGCUGGAUCUGGCUCUGCCUUGGGCUCAUCCGGCUGCUUUUCGGGUUUGUCGGCCCAUGUGCGCUCGCCCUCGUGGUUCAGAGGAGCAGCCGUGCUCUGCGCCGGCCACGAAGCCGCCAUGCGCCACCUCCCCCCGGGACUGGUGGGCCCGAACCACCGCGAGCUUUAUCCAGCCUCCUCCCGUGGGGCUGGGAGCGCCGGCCACCGCGCAGCACCGGGCGGGCAGGUCUCACUGCAUGGCCGCCUGCCUCGCUUGACACUCCCGCACGCGCCCAGCACCCUUCCCUUGCCGCCUUCUCGGGGGCCCGUGGCCACGGCAGCUGAGAGGCAAAUGGUUGUCGUUUCCACCCGCCAUUGCAAAAUCCUAAGUCUAGAAAAUGUUAUAAAGGGGAGGAAAAAAAGGGGAAACUGGUGGUGGUUAAAGGACAAGUGUCCUGCAGGACUGGUCUGCACAGAGGGUCUCCAGGGUCUGUUUGUUGUUGUAACUAACUCCAUUAAACUGGCUCCUGCUCA